AUGAUAAUCAUAAACCUAAUAAAUAGAAUAAUAAAUAUUCUUUACAAAGCAGCGGCAAAGCACCCAAGAGGCAGUAGUUGCAGGCUUGCAGCAACCACACCAACGCUGAACAAGAGGGCGGUUUAUUUGGGUGGCGCUAGGCGGGUCUGGGUGGAGCUAGGCGGGUCUGGCUGCCAGGGUGGGGCUGGUCUAGGUAGCGCUGGGAGGGUCUGGGCGGCUCUGGGAGGGUCUGGGCGGCGCUGGGAGGGUCUGGGAGACGCUAGGCGGGUCUGGGGGAAGCUAGGCGGGUCUAGGCGGCCCUAG